ACAACGGCCAAUCGAGUGCGGAAAGCGGAAACCGGAAGCAAGAAGAAGACCGCGAAAGGGGAGCUUUGAAAUGUCUACCUAUCAACAAAUCAGUCAGGAUGUUCCUACAGCAGCGCCUUUAUGGGGCAAUCUUUGCUAGGAUCCUUUCGUCGCGCCACAGCCUCAUGAGCAGGCCUCCAAGCAGAUGUUCGCCAUUGGUCUGGAGGCUAUCCCAUCCUGUCCAGCCCAUCGGAAAAUGCCGCAAGCCGAGUCUGUUGGAACAGCAGCGGGAGCAGCCGAAUCCUUUUGGGGAGGAUUACCGCAUCUACCAGCAAAACGUGGACUUGGAUGCCUUCUUCGGCGAGGAGCCCAAGUACGAGAAGGUGUCAGAUGUCUGCUUGCUGAAUGAUCACUUCAUCCUGGUAAAGAUGCCGCCCCCAGAUCCUUCUCCUCCUCCGUUAAAGUCAAAGAUUCCGCGGUGCUUUAAAUGUAACCGCGGCAGCCGGGUUUCCCCCAUUCUAGAGGAAGCGGAUGAGCAGUCAUCUCCGGCGAAGUCCACCUGCUUGCAGCCCUGGUCAACGCGCGACCAGGACGAGAUUGAGGUUUUUGAAUCUAGUAUCAGACUUUCUAAUACGCCAAGUCAGGCUCCUCAGGAAGUUCCCGCGAUAGUGGAGCAACCGCAUCCCACCCUGCAGCUAGAGGCGAUCCAAUCGGUGGUUCCUGGACAGUUGCAGGUCCCUUCCACAAGUCGGGGACCACUCCACUGGUUCCUCUGGCCCUUCCGCCGGCGUCUGAAUCAUUCUCGUGGAAAAUCCAAGCCCCAGCUGGCUGCCGUCCACAAAACGUACUUUGUACGAUGGAAUAAACCGCCGGAUACGCUCUGGCCUGGAUUCGGAGUGGACACGGUGGAGGAAAAGAAAUCAGAACUCCGACGAUGCCGCUCGGCGGUUUUCUGAGCCAUCUGCUUAAGUUUUUGUAUAUAUUUUCUACGCUUACUAC